GGGAAAGUUCCGUUCCACACACAAGAACCAUAUAUAAAGUCUAGUCACAAAUAUCAGUGGACAAUUAGUUUACCAUCGCCUUGUAAUUCAGUUUGUUUCUAGUACAACAAAAGUUGGCGGGAAUACGAACUGUGGGGGACGUGAUCCGCAACUGAUGCUCCUAUCAGCAACGCGACGUUUCGCCCUGAACAGAUGUGAUAGGUGGACUCAUUUCAAGCAAUAUAGUGCAUAUUACUCCAUAGGCUCAAAUGAUUCACCAGAAGAUAAAUCUAAACAGUCUUGGUGGAGUGAGAAAAAUGCAUGGAAAAUAGGUUGUUUUACUUUGGCAUGUUCCGGUUUGCUUGCGGUUGGGUUUGCCGUGGCUACUUGGGGUCCUCCGAAAAAGGAUGAUAACGGAGUCGAAAUUGAAGACAAUUUUAGUCGAAAACCAAUUAUCUGGGGUUACCUUUGUCGAACGUUUAGUUCUAUGCUUGAAUUCAACCAAAGCAUAAAGGAUCCUGUUAGUGAGAAACUCCUUCCAGAUCCAGUACAACCUCCAUAUUACCAACCACCAUAUACUCUUGUUCUGGAGAUGACCGAUGUGCUUGUUCAUCCUGAUUGGAAGUUCCGCUCAGGUUGGCGCUUUAAGAAAAGGGCGGCGUUAGAUUUGUUUUUGCAACAGCUAUCUCCUCACUAUGAGGUUGUUGUCUAUACAAAUGAAUCAGUAAUGAUUGGAGGUCCUGUCUUGGCUCAGAUGGAUCCUCAAGGACAGUUUAUUCACUUCCGGCUGUUUCGCGAAGCAACUCGCUAUAAAGGAGGAAAACAUAUCAAGGAUUUGUCAUGUCUUAAUAGAGAUCUCUCCCGUGUGGUGUUCGUUGAUUGGGAUCCUGCUGCAGCUCAGUUGCAACCACGCAAUUCACUGAUUAUAAAACGUUGGAAUGGCGAUGAGUCAGAUAGAGAAUUGAUAGACUUGGCUGCCUUCCUAAGAAUGAUUGCAAUGGGGAGUGUCGAUGAUGUUCGCCUUGUGCUAGAUUACUAUAGAGAGUUUGAUGACCCUUUAGCCUUCUUCCGUGAAAAGCAUGAAGAACUUAUGGAAAUUCAAGCCAAACGCAAACAGGAAACAGAAAAAGCUUUAUCAAAACGCAUUCGACCAACAUUUUCAUUUACUGGUAUGGCUAGAUCCUGAUAUUAUUGAUUUUACCAGCAAUAACAUCUCAUAACGUUGUACAGGAAUGAUCCUCAAGGGGAUUUGGAAAUCCUCUUGUUUUUAUAUAAAUAUAACCUUAUGUGCUUAAAUUUUUCAUUUUUGAAAUCAUUUAUGGAUCUAUAGUUUCCUACCCGGGGUAAUUUUUUAAAUUACAAUUUGUCAAGUAUCACCAUAUAAUUCGGAACAAUUCGACUUCAUUAGGUCAGUAUAUUUGCUCUGUAAUUUGUUGCUGCUUACUUUAUACUUCCACUAUUGCAAAUGUGACACUUGAUGAGCUUGUAUAAAUUUUCCAUUUGGAACAAUAUAGAAUAAUAAUGAGUGACAUUUUUUAAAGGAAGAGUUGAAAUGUAAAAACGCCAUUUAUCGUAUUGCGAACUUUUGUAAAACGGUAGUCGGAAAAUAUGAAGCUAUCAGUCUGUUUGGUUGCUAAAUCUGGUCAUAAGAUCUGUACAGUUCUCACAGGGGUUGUCAUUAUAUUCAUUUUUCUAUAUUUCAGUACACUUUUCUUAUGGUUAGGGUCAGUCAGUCAUAUGCAAUGUAGAACCUGGCUCUUGUUUACAUGGAUCCAAGCUGUUGUGUCCCAUUAUCAUCGAGAAAUAAAAAUGCCAGGGCAAAUCUCAGUAGGAUAGUUGGACUCCAAGCUAUUGCUCGCUUUAACCUGAUGAUCCAACAAGAGUAAAAGCAAGGUAUUAAACGUUUGAUGUAAUCAGCGCGAGAUGUCACAAAAACAAGAUAUCUUUGAUAAUAUGGUUUAUAUGUCGGACAGCAAGCUCCCGAAGUGAUAUUCACGAUAUGCUAUUGAAGCCAUUGUUUGGAAAUAAGUUGUAGUGGUGCAGAUGCAUUCGUUUCCUAUCUUGUUCACUAAUAGUAAGUUACAUUUUCUCACUGUUACAUCAAAAUUCGUUAUGGAGUUAUAGUGUGUCUAUUGUUCAUCAGUUUGUGUUUAUGAUCUCGUCACAUUAGUUCAUCGAUUCAGGAAUAUCCUUGGUCGGUAGGUUUCAAUGUUGUUGAUUAGGUGUUCACUAGAUUUCAACGUUAUCUGAGACAGCGUCCUGAAACUUGUAGAACAGUGUUUUUACACAGCUAUUCUUACCUAAUACAAAAUGGUCGCUUUCGUUACGUGGUAUGUAGUGGUUGUUUGCAAUUUUUCACUAUAAGUUACCAUCACGUGUUCUGGUGAGAACAAAAUCUAAGAGUAGAAUUUUCGUCAUCUUAGAUUACAAAUUGAGUUGUCACGGAGUUUUUUUGGCGACUUCGGGUACAAUUUUAUCUGUGACGUGGACUUCAAAUUUCAAGCUAGACAUUCCGGAUACUACUAUUAUCCAUAAUUUCAGUAUACUAUGCCGGUUCUGAUGUGAAAUAUUACGGUUGAAGGCUUUCUAACGUGCUUAUAAACGUUGCCAUUAAAUUACAGUUUGAUUGUAGAAUAACGGUCAACUAAAUGCACUAAGUUCAAUUCCGCAGUUUCCGUUUUUGUUUUUAUCGUUAUGUACUAU